AUGCUGUCCAAGAUUGCCAUCAGCUCCCUCCUCGCCGUUGCCCUCGUUCAGGCUCGUCCAAUGGAGAUUGUACCUCAUCCAAUGCUCGAGCGUUCAACAACCGAGCUCAGCUUGACAGCUCAGUUGAGACUCGCAGAUACCGCUGCCGACCGCUAUCAACUUCUGCCGAAGGAUGAAGACUUUGUCUUUGAUUUCAACAAGAACCCUGAUCUCCCUAUUGCCAACCACAUAAGCUUUCCGGCUCUUGUUGGCUCUGGUGCAUCCUUCAGUCUUUCGCAAUUGCCUGCAUGCAGCAUGAGCUUUGUCCACCUUCAUCCUCGUGCAACCGAGCUCUUCGCCAUCACUUCAGGCCGUGUGCUCUCCGAAAUGGUUCCUGAAGGAGGUGUCCUUGACUCCAAAGUCAACCAGCGAGUUAUCCGCGCAGAAAUCAGCCAGGGCAUGUUGACCAUCUAUCCGGCCGGUUCAUUCCACACGCAAGUGAACCCGGACUGCGAACCUGCCAAUUUUACGGCAGCUUUCACGUCAGAGGACUCUGGGAUCUCUUUGGUCGCGGACCAGACCUUUGCGUUUAGCGAUGAUGUUAUCGCGGCGACGUUUGGGCAGAGUAUUGCCGGUGAAGAUAUUGAUAAAGUGAGACAUGCCAUCCCUGGGAACAUGUUGAUCAAGGUCGAGGAGUGCUUGACCAAGUGUGGUAAGCAGAAGCGUCAAGUGUGA